AUGUCUCCCCCAAAGGUCCCCAUUACCUUUACAUACAAGAGGAAGGACACCGAUCCUCCUAUCUAUAUAGCAGGUUCGUUUUCGGAUCCGCCAUGGCAGCCCCAAGAGAUGGAUGUCGCCAUCGACCAGCUUGGGGGUUAUCUAUUCACCAAACAAGUCAUGGUUGACGAUGGCACCGAAAUCCAAUACAAAUUUCGCAUAGGAUCUGGUGAUUGGUGGGCCUUGGACGAGAGUGCCGAUACAGUUACGGAUGAAUCGGGAAACACGAACAAUAUUCUUAGAGUCUCAAUUGAUGCGUCUCAAGAAAGUGUCACCGAGGUGCCAAACCCUAAGGCCAACGAAUCAGAGGGAUCAGAAGCCAACAGUGGCACACAGACUCCGGACUUCGCACAGACAGCUGCUGAGGUGGCCGACUCGGCACGCACUUUAGAUCCCGAGACUCCUGAGCCAGAGAUAUCAGAUGGCGAAGCAGGAAGAAUAGGUACCCGGCGCAUGUCAACCACUCCAAUUGGUGAAGUCUCGGAGACAGCCAUAGAGGUCGCCACUGUCGCUGCGACGCUCGAUGUUGAUGAAUCUGCUUUAGAUGAUGGGUAUGACGGCGAAACAGACCUAUGCCCUAUGUUUUCCCAUGAAUCCAUAGGACCAUCUUCUCACAAAGAAGACGUACCCGACGACGAUGAUGAUGAUGAUGACAUCAGCAAGGAUGACAAGUCUCACUCCGAGUUGGGCAACCCAGCUAUUGAGAUCGAGGGCGUAGACUUUAACGAUCCCCAGCUAGAAGAGUUCCCGUCGGACAAUCGUGAGUCUAUCAUGGCUGCUAUGCGACGCAUUUCGACAAGCAUAGAUGCCGACCGCACAAUUGUCGACGAACUUCCAUCGGCACCUAUAAUUACUAUUCUUCAGAAUUGCAACGAUGACCACUCACCCGGUAAUCAGGGCGAGCCGCUAAGUCUGUCGGAUUCGCUUUCGGAUGAUAAGCAGAAUCUCCGCCCUAGUAAUAGCACUGGGCGAUCGCGCUCCGGGCGUAGAGAAUCAUCGACGAACUCUCUGGGAUCAAUUUUUGAAGAUGAUGAGGCGCGCAACGAGCAUGCCAUUGAUGAAACAGAGGAUGCUACAGCUCCGUUCAUACAACAUCCUGGGCCUUCUUGGGGUUCUCCUACCCCUGACCGCGUCGUUAGCGAUGACGAUAACGACGAAGGUAUUGCUAUGAGGGUUGAUUCCAGGAAAAUGGCCGAGCAAUCUAAAUGUCUGCCGUCCCUACCUUCACCACCUGCAUCUUCCGACGGCAAUAUUCCGGAGGCCGCAGAGUUGGACCCAGAAAACUCCGCAUCGACACUGGAGGACCCAGUAUUGGAAGGCAACGCAGAUGUUUUGGGAAGUAUUGACGACGUACCGGCCAUUGUUGAAAGCGAUUUACCUAAGCCCAGUACGACUAUUACUGCAGAUCGUACGCCAGAUAGGUACUUGAGUAACAGUUCUAACAUGGAGAGCACAAGCGAAUCGGGAGGGAAAUCAACAUCUUUCGGUACUACUAGCCCUCCAGGCCUACGGAAACGUAUAAUCGACAGACCGGCUACUCCACCUUCUACGCAUCACUCCCAGGGCCGCAAUAAAUUUCCAGACUGGCUCGAAGCUUGCAUACGGAUCGUGUUCGUGAAGUGGAUUGGGGGUCUUGCGUCGUGGCUACACGAUCGCAGGAACAAAGCGCUCGUGGCUGCUGGCACGGCUGCUAUCGUCGUUGGGGUAGGCUUAUUAUGGCAGAAUCCCGUUCGACUGUAG